AUGGCAGAAGCCGAGUUACAGACCUUCACCUCCAUCAUGGACGCGCUGGUUCGCAUCAGUUCGAACAUGAAGAGCAUGGAGCAGGAGCUGCACUGUCCGGUGUGCGACGAGAUGGUGAAGCAGCCCGUCCUGCUGCCCUGCCAGCACAGCGUCUGUCUGCUGUGUGCAGCCGAGGUGCUGGUUCAGAGAGGCUACCCUCCUCCGGACCUCCCGCCGGAGCCCAACUCUCCGGCCUCCACGCCCAACACCCGCUCCCCGCGGCAGGGACGCAGGCCUCCGCCCAGGACCCCCGACCGGCUGGAGAGAGUCCUCAGAACAGUAUGCGGGACGUAUCCGGGGCGAAGGCGACGGGAGGCGGCUCCUCCCCUCAUGCUGUUCCCCUGUCCGACCUGCCGGCAGGACGUGGAGCUCGGAGAGAAAGGCCUGAGCGACUGCCUCCGCAACCUCACCCUGGAGCGCAUCGUGGAGAGGUACCGGCACACGGUCAGCCUGGGCAGCGUCGCCAUCAUGUGCGGCUUCUGUAAGCCGCCUCAGUCCCUGGAGGCCACCAAGGGCUGCGCCGACUGCAAGUCCAACUUCUGCAACGAGUGCUUCAAACUGUACCACCCCUGGGGGACGCCUCGGGCUCAGCAUGAACACAUCCUGCCCACCAACAACUUCAGGCCGAAGGUCCUAACGUGCACGGAUCACGAGCAGGAGCGGCUGCAGUGGUACUGUCGUAACUGCCAGAGGCUGCUGUGUCCGCUCUGUAAGCUACGCCGAGUCCACCACGGACACAAGGUGUUGCCCAUAGCACAGGCCUACCAGGCCCUCAAGGACAAGAUCACCAAGGAGGUGAACUUCAUUCUGGCCAACCAGGAGACGAUACAGAGUCAGAUCAGUCAGCUGGAAGCCGCCAUCAAACACAUGGAGGCUAACAGCGCCGUGGCUCUGCAGCACCUGACCCACUGCAUCCGAGAGCUGGGGGCCGCCGUGGCCGAGCGUCAGGGCACGCUGGCCCUGGCCCUGGAGGGCUCCAGGAGCCGGAGGGAGGAGGCCCUGUCGGCUCAGGUGUUCGAGAGGCAGGGCCUGCUGGAGCACGCCGGCCUCAUGGCCUACACCCAGGAGCUGCUCAAGGAGACCGACCCGCCCUGCUUCGUCCAGGCCGCCCGGGUGACACACAGCAGGCUGGUGAAGGCCAUCGAGAACCUGCAGUGUUUCACGCUGGCUGCUGAUCCCUCAUUCAGACACUUCCACCUGGACGCAUCCAAAGAGGUCAAACUCGUCAAUAGCUUGGAGUUCAUACAAGCCCCUCUGGCUCCGGUCAUCGACACCCAGAAGACCCUCGCCUACGACCAGCUGUUCCUGUGCUGGCGCCUCCCUCAGGACUCGGCCCCGGCUUGGCACUUCUCCGUGGAGUACCAGCGCCGGGCCGGAGGAGCUGCGGCCACGUGGGGCGGCACCAGGUCGCCCAACGCCGCCGUGGCCUGGCAGCGGCUGGACGAGGUGAAGGGAACCAGCGCUGUGGUGGACCGGCUGCAGAUGGACAGCGUGUACGUGCUCAGGGUCCGAGGCUGCAACAAGGCGGGCUUCGGGGAGUACAGCGAGGAGGUUUACCUGCACACGCCACCCGCACCCGUCUUGAGUUUCUCCCUGGACUCUCGCUGGGGUUUGCACGCCGACCGCUUGGCGCUGGGUAGAGGUCAAACGUACGCCCGCAGCGUGCCGGGCCUUUCCCUGCUGCAGGCCGCCGACCGAGCUCUCACCUCCUGCCACUUGACCUCCGACCUGCUGGUGGCCGACUUGGCCGUGACUCAGGGCCGGCACUACUGGGCAUGCUCAGUGGAGCCCGGGUCCUACCUGGUGAAGGUCGGAGUCGGGCAGGAGGCGAAGCUGCAGGAGUGGUUCCAUCUCCCCCAGGACAUGGCGAGCCCUCGCUGCGACCCGGACAGCGGCCACGACAGCGGUGCCGAGGACGGCCAGGACUCCCCUCCGUUCUGCUUCCUCACCAUGGGCAUGGGGAAGAUCCUGCUUCCUCCGGGACACCCCCAGAGCGACAGCCAGAGCCAGGGGGGCGUCCACUCCCACAGCAGCAGCCACGGCGGCCUGCCUCACCCGCACACGGCUCCCCUCCCGCCCCGGCUGGGGGUGUGCCUGGACUGCGACAAGGGCCGCGUGGCCUUCUACGACGCCCACUCGCUGCGCGUCCUCUGGGAGGGGCUGGUGGACUGCUCGGCUCCGGUGUGCCCGGCCUUCUGCUUCAUCGGCGGCGGCGCUCUGCAGCUGCAGGACCUGGUGGCCAACCGGAGCAUCGAGGAGCCGCCGCCUCGGAGGGUCACCAUCCAGACAAGAGCCACAAACCUGAGCAAGUGA